GCCCUAUCACUUGUAGAUAGUGAAACGACGCCGCAGUCAGCGAUCUGCAGUGAGCAGGUACAGCUGAUCAUUCACCUGAAAACGAGACACACAUCGUCCUCUUCUGUGGACAUUUUCCAUUGCACUGGCGUUAUUUCUAAAAAAAAACGAAGAACACGGGCUCGACAUGCACGAUGAGUAGCUAGUGUGUCGAACUGAGGGUCCCUCACAUCCCACCUGCUGUCAUGAAUGGUGGUUUUAGUAUUUGGGCUAUAACACCAGAAGAAAGGGUGAAACAUGACAAACAAUUUGACUCACUGGUUCCCACUCUGGGCUAUCUGUCAGGAGAUCAAGCACGAAAGUUCUUUCUGCAAUCUGGACUUCCAACAGCAGUCCUGGCUGACAUUUGGGCACUGGCGGAUAUGGGGAAAGACGGGAAGAUGGACAGAUUGGAAUUCUCCAUCGCAAUGAAACUAAUUAAACUGCAGCUGCAGGGUCAGCCUCUUCCCUCCAGUCUGCCAAUCAUCAUGAAGCAGACCCCUACCCACGUUAUAACGUCAUCAUCACGUUUCGGGAUGGGAUCAAUGCCAAAUCUCUCUGCCAUGUCGGGGAUGCCCAUAAUAACGCCUGUGCCAGCAUGCCCCACAGUGACCCCUUUAGUCCUUGCACCUACCCUGAUGCCAGGACCGCUGCCUCAGAUCCCCGGCUCUCUCAGUGUGCCAGCCCUGCCCAACGGCAAUGCUACACGCCUCACUCCAUCACCAGCGUUCCCAGUGUCAUGCAGUUUGAGUAAAUCUCACUCCCUCUUGGACCUUGGAUCCAGCAGUUCAAACUCCUCCUCCACCACCUCCCUUGCGAGUAACUCCCCCAAAAUGGGCUCAUCUGAUUGGUCAGUGCCUCAGGCAUCCCGUCUGAAAUACCGCCAACAGUUCAACAGCCUGGACAAGCUGAUGAGCGGAUACCUGUCAGGUCCCCAGGUUAGAAAUUCCCUCACAACGUCAAACCUCACGCAAACACAGCUCGCCACCAUAUGGACUCUCGCUGAUGUAGAUCGUGACGGGCAGUUAAGAGCAGAAGAAUUCAUUCUGGCAAUGCACCUGGUUGAUAUGGCCAAGACUGGUCGUCCUUUACCUCUGAGUUUACCUCUUGACCUGGUGCCUCCCUCUCUCAGAACAGGGAAAUCAUGUGACCUCUUAAACGGACCUAUUCCUCCAAUCAACACUGAGCUGAUUGAGCCCGAACAUUUACAGAAUAACAAGAACAAUGUGUCGUAUGAGGAUAAACUGAAGGAGAAUUUUCAGAGAGGAAAUGCAGAGCUGGAGAAGCGACGUCUAGCUCUACAGGAGGAACACAAGAGAGAGGAGGAGAGAAAGAGAGAGGAGGAGAGGAGGGAGGAGGAGAGGAGACGACAGAGGGAGAGGGAGGAGAGAGAGCGGAGGGAGAGAGAGGCACGGGAGAUUGAACUGAGGAGACAGAGGGAGGAAGAGAGGAGGAGAGAGAUAGAGCGACAGAGAGAGGAGGAAAGACUUAAAGAGUUGGAACAACGAGAGGCAACGGAGCGUCAGAGGCGGAUGGAAUGGGAGAAAAGUAAACGAGUGGAGCUUCAGACACAGAAAGAAAAAGAGCAGAGUGACAUACAGAGACUGAAGGACAGGAAGAGAAGUUUGGAGAUGGAGCUGGAGGCUGUGGGCAACAAACAUAAGCAGAUCUCCGACUGGCUCCGGGAUGCCAAGAGUAAGAGGCAGGUGCAGAGGGUCGAGCUGGAUCUGAUUAAUCAGAAGAGAGAGAAUCGUAUAGUGGAUAUAAACUCUAUACAGUUACAAUUUGAGCAAAUUCAGAUGCAGUUGAGUCGAUUGGGUCCUGAGAAGCAGAGACUGACAGACAGACUGCUUCACCUCACCCAGAACACCUCAAGUCCUUUGAUAAACGAUAUGGAACAGAGCAUGUGUGAGAAAGAUCUGAGCUGUCGGAAACUCAAGGAGCAGUUAGACGCUUUGGAGAGAGAGACCUCUGCUAAACUCUCACAGAUGGAGCAGUACAACAGAGAGAUCAAGUUUGUAGAAAUGGAUGACUGUGUGCUUCAGGGACUUCUCUCUUUGCUGGGCUGCUUAACCAACCUCUUCCUUCUAAUAAAGGAGUUGAGACAGAGGCAGAGCCAGCAACAGAACGUUCUAGAGCAGCUGAGGAAAGUCAGAUCUGAGAAACUUCAAGAGCUACAGAGACGCAGAAAAGAGGAAGAGGAGAAGAGGAGGAAACAAGAUGAAGAGGAGAGGAAGAGGAAACAAGAGGAGGAUGAGAGAAAGAGGGAACAAGAGGAGGAGGAGAGGAAGAGGAAACAGAAGCUAGAGGAAAUGAAAAGAAAAAAAGAGGAGAAGGAGAUAAAGAGGAAAAAAGAAGAGGAGGCUGCCAGACAGGAACAGGAGAGUCUGCAGGAGGAGGAAGCAGAGCGUCAAAGGAAACUUGCCCAGGAGCGAGAGGCAAAACUCAGGGAAGAGCAACAGCGACAGGCACUGGCCCGACUUCAGGAGGCACAGGAGCUGGCACGAGAGAGGGAGGAGAAGAGAAGAGUAGAGGAGAGAGAGAGGGAGGAGAAAGAAAGGAACGAACUGCUGCUACAUACUCAGCACAAUAGCAUAGAAAUCAAAACUUUGCCAGUGGUGAUUACUGAGGAUACAAGUACUGCCCUCACCACCUAUAGAGCCUUGUAUUCCUUCACAGCACGUAACGCAGAAGAGCUCUCACUGGAAGCAGACUGUUUGAUUGAGGUAGAUGAAUCAACAGUUAGAGAAACGGGCUGGCUGUAUGGGCGUUACCGUGGAAACAGUGGGUGGUUUCCAGAGAGUUAUGCUGAGAGAUGCAGUGCAGACAGUGGGACUGAAGGGACUGCAGCUGUUACACAAUCCACAGCGCCCUCUGUCAACUACCCUGGAAUUCCUAGAGUGGAUGUGGAAGGACCAACACCAACACACACACCAGCAUCUACAAACACGCAACACUCACAGGCUGUUGCUUUGUGUGAGUGGUGUGCUAAGACGGACAGUCACCUGGGCUUCUCCAAAGAUGACAUCAUCACGGUUCUUGAGAAGCAGGAAAGCUGGUGGUACGGAGAAUUAAACGAGAGCAGGGGCUGGUUCCCCAGCUCAUUUGUCUCCAUGGUUACCACCAAUAACACACAUACCGAACCAUUGUAUUCUACUGUUGAUGAGAAUGAAGUUUCAGAUUCUGGUCUUCUAGAGGAGUAUGUGGCUUUGUACACAUAUGAGAGUCCGGAGUCAGGUGACCUGACAUUCUCUGUGGAGGAUGUUGUCCUGGUAACAGAAAAGGAGGGGGAAUGGUGGAGAGGCUGCAUAGGAGACCAGUCUGGCCUCUUUCCUUCUAACUACGUUAAACCCAAAGAGAAAGAUACUGCCAUACCUGAAGGCCCUAAAAAGCCAGAGAUUGUUCAGGUAACUAUGGUCAAUGCUGCCACAACACCAGAGCAAUUGAGUCUUACGCCGGGUCAGCUUAUUGUCGUGCUGCAUAAGAACUCAAACAACUGGUGGCUGGGUGAACUACAGGCAAGGGGUAAAAAACGUAAAAAGGGCUGGUUCCACUCUUCUAAUGUCAGACUACUGGAGCCCAACAGUGGAAAAAUAACUCCUGCAUCUCAACCACUGUGUCAGGUUAUUGCAAUGUAUGACUACAAAGCAGCCAAUAAGGAUGAGAUGAACUUCCAAAAGGGUCAGCUGAUCAGCGUACUCAACAAGGACAAUCCUGACUGGUGGAAAGGAGAAGUCGCUGGGGUCACAGGACUGUUUCCAACCAAUUAUGUGAAGAUGACCACAGAAUGCGAUCCCAGUCAGCAAUGGUGUGCUGAUCUGCUCAGUUUAGAGUCUAUGUCUACUGAAGAGAGAAAGAGGCAAGGAUACAUCCAUGAGCUCAUUCAGACAGAGGAGACCUACCUGGAAGAUCUCGAACUUGCACUGGAGGUGUUUUAUAAACCCAUGGCAGAGUCAGGGCGCUUGACAGAGGCUGAGAUGAACUUGAUCUUUGUGAACUGGCGGGAGUUGAUCAUGUGUAGCACCAAACUCUUAAAAGCUUUGCGUGUCCGUAAGAAGAUGUCAGGUGAGCGGAUGCCCGUGCAGGUGGUGGGUGAUAUUCUGUUCGUGCUGCAACAGAAAACAGACAAGUCGCAAGACUUCAAACAUUUCCUAAAGAAAAUCGCCAGUAAUUACCGGUGUAAAGGGAUGCCGCUGUCCAGCUUCCUCCUAAAGCCCAUGCAGAGGAUCACACGCUACCCACUGCUCAUCAAGAAUAUUCUGGAGAAUACUCCUGUGGGUCAUGCAGAUCAUGCAAACCUGCAGAUGGCAUUAGAACAGGCGGAGGUGUUGUGCUCACAGGUGAAUGAAGGAGUGAGAGAAAAAGAAAAUUCAGACCGACUGGAAUGGAUCCAGAACCAUGUGAUGUGUGAUGGAGUCAUUGAGCACCUUGUUUUCAACUCUCUAACUAACUGCCUGGGUCCCCGAAAACUGCUGCGCAGCGGAAAACUGCACAAGACCAAGAGCAGCAAAGAACUCUGGGCCUUUCUGUUUAAUGACUUCCUGCUACUCACAUACACCUCCAAACAGUUCUCAUCCAGUACAGACAAACUCUUUAAUCCUAACUCAAAUGCACAAUACAAAAUGUAUAAAACGCCAGUGUUUUUGAAUGAGGUGUUGGUCAAAAUGCCCUCUGACCCAUCCAGUGAUGAUCCAAUCUUUCAUAUCUCACACAUCGACCGUGUGCACACACUCAAGACUGACACAAUGAAUGAGAGGACUACGUGGGUGCAGAAGAUCAAAGCGGCAUCUGACCACUUCAUAGAGACUGAGAAGCUCAAGAGGGAAAAAGCCUACCAAGCUCGCUCUCAGAAGAACAAUGGAAUUGGACGACUGUUAGUGACCGUACUAGAGGCAACAGAGCUGAAGGCCUGCAAGCCAAACGGGAAGAGUAAUCCAUACUGUGAGCUCACUAUGGGUGCUCAGUGUUACACCUCCCGCCAUCAGUCCGACACGCUCAACCCCAAAUGGAACUUCAGCUGCCACUUCUUUAUCAAAGACCUGUACCAGGACGUCCUCUGCCUUACCAUUUUUGAGCGAGACCAGUUCUCUCCAGAUGAUUUUCUAGGUCGUACUGAGGUUCCUGUAGCAACAAUAAAGAAGGAUCAAGAUGGAAAGGGUCCAUUGGUAAGACGUCUGCUGCUACAUGAAGUUCCAACUGGGGAGGUCAAAGUGCGCCUUGACCUGCAGCUCUAUGAGCAAACACCUGUCCUGUGAAAACAUCCGUUUCAUUUCAACUUCAACAGCAAAAGUGAUCAAAUGUGGCUUCAUCUAACAAUUUAUGUUUCCUAAAUAGUUAUUGAAAACUACUGUACCGUAAUUGAGUUCACUUUUUUAGCCUUGGAACACAAGCUUUAAAUGCAGACAUGCAAAGAGUUGACUAUGCCAAAGGGGGGAGCUGUUUAUUUACUGAAUUUGCUAAAUUAGAGCGCCAUCUUUAUAUUGCACACUUGAUAUACUGUAGAUAAACCACUUAAACAAUGUUUACCAUAUGUAAAGCUUUGUAUUAUAAUAUUUAAAGGUGCAGUGAACUGGCUGUUUUUUUGUUUUAUACUAUUGUCUGAUGUCUACUUAUGACGUUCGUGUGGUUUUUACAUUCGAAAACAUCAAAAUCAAUAAGUAAUAGGCUAUUUUCUACCCUGGUUUUGAGGCCGGCUGGAGAAACGCUCGGUUUUUAAGGGCGGGCCGCAUAGAAGACUUGGAAGUAAACGCCCACUGCUAUGAUUGGAUAGCAGCUUGCGUAGUUGACUUAGUAGGAGCCUUCUGUGAAUUUGGCUAGACACGUAAAGUUACGUAACGUGAUUUUACUCAAAUUUAUGGACUUAUUUCCCGGAUGUGAUGGCAAGGCUUUGCGUAUAGUUUGUAUAGCCUAUAGUUGUAUGGUGUUUAGUGAUAUAUGACCGUACAUGUCAGCAUUUAAGACCCGCGAACCGGACAGAAGAUCAUCGCGAUCGCGGGUCUCAAAUGUUAUAGUUUUCAUGAUAAAUAAACAAACGGUAGACUCCCGGCCAAAACGACCCAGCACCAGAAAUAAUAUCAAAACCCUUAAAAACAGCCUCCAUUAUUCGCAAACGGUGGAUAAAACCUUAAAAAAUGAUAUAUGAGCCCGCCAUAUCACAGAGAUGCCGAUUACAAUUAUUACAAAUGACUAGAGGUCCCCAGGUAAUACUAUCAGGGCAUAUCAAGCGAUCUCUAACAAAGCAAUAGUGACGCAUAGUACAAAUAUGUUUUACUCACAUAAGAUUGCUGCACCAUUCCUAUCAGAUCCAAUAUUGACGGCACAGCACUGCUUUUUAAUUUUAGUCUCUCCGCAAAGACUUGUUCAAGGAAUCCGCGUUGAAAUGAAGCGAACAAACGCUCAAUGUUUUCCCCCCGUGAGCUGGAACGUCUUUAAAAAUGAACUUAAACCACGCAUUCCUACUGUCGGAAUCCGAAUGAAGGUUAUGCAGCGACUGUGUUCUUCCACAACCAGGCACUGCACAAUAUUUUGCGAUCUUUAACGGCAUGAUGCUUAAACUCACUCUAUCUGGUUCCAUGCAGCUUGUGUUCAGUACUGUCAUGCGCGAACCAGUGGGCAGGGCUCGCGAAGUAGUCGUUGAUAUUCUUCUGUGGAGGCGGUGUUCAACCUAUCUAUAGGUGCAUUCCAGAACCUGCUGUUAGCUGAGCCUAGUGUCAAUAACAGUUGUUAUUUCAGUAACAAGGGCGUUUUCAGGUCUGACACUUACAGGAUGUACGCUUGAAUACGAUUCCCUCUUAUAUAACAAAAGCUCAGGUUAUAAUUGUGGUCCUAGUUCACUGCACCUUUAAUGUAAAAAUGCUCAUGAUGGGAAAUUUAGAAAGACACACAAAAUCACACAAAAUCACAAAAAUUCUCAAAAAAAUAAAAAAUUUAGACAAGGGCUUAAACUGUAGUAAUAAUAUAAUUAUUAAAUAAUAAAAAUUGUACUCGUUUCUUUUAAUUUGUACUUCAAUUAUGUGCUUUCUGACACCUUAAAUGUGCCUUAGUUUUAUUCUUAAUAAGCCAAAAUUACUAUAAUAGAAUAUACUGCCAUGUUGAAAUUUCUGGUACGUUAACUAUAGUGCUGUGAAAUGCAAUGCUUUACUAGUCAUUGACAGCCUUGAUAUGUGCCCGAAAUUAUAUAAAAAUGUAUUUAAAAAAAUAUAUACCAAUAUGGGCACUUUGCCUGUAGCUCAUAUUUUCCAUUUACAAAUAGAUUAAAAAGAUGCCACUCUUAUUUAAAACUAAAACUGUUUACAAAUGCCUGUUUUCAGGACAUGCCCAACGUGAAUUAAGUAGUUUGUAGACUAUUAGGUGAAGCAUACAUAGACCGCUGCUAAGAUAACAGAAUAAUAUACGGGUAGUAGUUGACAGACUAUUAUGCAAAUUUGUCCUAUGGUGUGCGGCAAAAAAUUAUAUAAAAAACUAACAAUAAAGAUAAAUCUCUCUUAUGCUAUUUAAUAUGAUUAAUAUAAAUAUUAAUAAUAAAACGUAAUAUUUAGUUUGUUUUCUAAAUUUUGCUGUCACUCCAUAUGACACAUGUACGAUUAAUUCGUCCAUACCCAUAUUCUGAAUUGGACUACAAUGCAUUGAUUUUAAAAGUGAUACAAGGAGAGAUUAGCACGUUUUCAUUAAUACACAGUGAUGGACAAUAUGUUAAAACUACUGUAUAUGAUCAUAAAAUAUGACAGUAAUAAUAAUACUUUAUACUGUACUAUAUUAUACUGUACUAUAUAAAUAUACUUUUAAUUCUCAAAUGCACACAUUUAUGCUUCUUAGAUGCUUUAAGAAUGUGUAAUAGUCUGUGUAUAUUUGAUUUUAUAGGAUUGCAUUGGGCUUUAAGAACAGACAGGAUCUGAAUGUUGUUCUGUUACAUUUGAGUUGUUGCUGUGGAUAAUGUUUUUAUUUAAUGCACAAUAUUGUUAAACCAAAAUUCUAAAAUAAUACAUUUUGUAAUCUGUAUGACUUUUAAAUGGAUGUCAUUAAAAGGACAAUA